AUGCAAAUAGAAGCUUAUCAUCAAGGGCAAGCACAAAUAAAUGGGAGCCUUACUCGAUUGGCAGUUUCGUGGGGAAUUAGUAGGCCAACCAUAGUAAUCCAAAAAGAAGCUCAGUUGCAGGUCGGGAAUUCGCAUCCAGAGCAAGAUGAAUCGUUUGAAUCUACCAUUGAGGCACAAGAGACAAGUCCAGAAGUCUUUGACAUCGAGAUUCAAGCAGAUCAACUACAAGAUAUUCAGAGCCAGACGAUAAUACAAGAUCAAGACAAGGAGGAGUAUAUUGAAAUCUCGCCUAUGGAAGGUCCACUUUUCGAUACUUGUUGUGAAGAGUAUGAGGAUUUUGAUGACGAGGAGGCGAUAGAAGAUGUUCUUGUUGAAAAGUCAGCUUAG